AUGGUUGAAUUGACAUGGAAUAGGAGUUUGCGGACAGAAUCGCGACCCUCGAGGGCCGUUAAAGCAAUGGCACCUGCACCACCAGCUGUCCAGCCUCGCUUCGAGGCCUGCGCUUCGACGGCGUCCUUAUUCCUCUAUGCCCAGGGCUCAACAAUCCUAUGUUUGCAUCAUGAUACAUUGGCAAUCGAGCGACGUUUUCAGAGUCACCAGGAAAACAUUGACUUCAUAUCGGUGGAUAAUGUGAGCGAGCGAGGUGCGGGGAGAUUGGUUGUCAGUUACGAUGUAGGGCAGACGGCGAUUGUGUGGGAUAUCUUCACCGGCACGGAGAUUGCCCGGUUUGCUUCCUUCGAUCAUCUGCGAAUAGCUUCGUGGAUGCGUAAUGGCAAUGUCGCAUUUGGCAAUAGCAAGGGUGAGGUGAUCCUGUUCGAACCUCCCACUUCAGAGCACAUCUCUGCGCGUACCAUUUUCGACCCAAUCACAGCUCUUGCGCCCGCCGCGGAUUGUCGUACUUAUGCAAUUGGAUAUCAAAAUGGUUCUAUAUUGAUCGCGACUCUACUCCCUCAAUUUACCAUUCUUCACACUCUUACUACUUCGCGAGGACCAUCGCCCAUUAUUUCCCUGGCUUGGCAUGCAUCCUCGUCGAAACAAAAGUCAGAUAUGCUGGCAACACAGUCAUCGAAUGGUGAUCUACGAGUUUGGAGCGUGGCAAAACCACCAGGGAAAGAGUCACCUCGAGUGAUUAGGGUAUUGAAACGAUCUGAUUCAAACUCCUCUGAUCCCAAAUGGAUGGGCUGGUCGAAGAACGGAAGAUUGGUCCAGUAUUUGGAAGGGGAAACAUGGUCUUGGGACGUUCGGACAAAACAUGUUACCUACGAUCCAAUUCCCACAAUUGACGGUGUUCGAGGCAUCGCAAACUACGGGCCUACUGCGACUCUAUUCACCGUCGGCCCCCAGCACUCAGUCCAGCAGUAUGAUUUGGAAAAUCCGGCAAUGGUUGCAAAUGUCCAACAUCUUCCAAUCAUUCCCCGGCCUGGCACCGCGGAAGGCAGUCGAUCACAAACAAUGUCCCCACGGCGGUUGCAAGAUGCCCCUGAUAUCCGAGAACCACCAGGCGCGGCCAGACGAACGCCAUUUGACGCAAACAGCAUUGAGAGUAUUAGACAGAGGGCAGAUCUGACGAGCCCGGCUUCAUCGCGCAGUCGGACGGAAUCGGUGAGCUCAAAGGCGUCCUCAGGGAAGUACAAUAUGAGGCCUUUCUCUCCACCGAGUCGAUCUGGCCAGAGUGCUACGACAUUUUCGAUGACAUCGGCUGGUCGUGAUACGCCACAGGCUUCUGCUUCGUUUGCGUAUCCCUCCUCAGUCUCAAUGUCAUCUGUGAGAAGCUCGAGGGCGGCAUCGCGAUUGCGAAAUGAGGUUCAUCUUAGCCCUGCGGACAAGAACAUUGUGGAUCUAUUCCCGUUCACUCGGGCUCGCUUGAUUGAUGUGCCUUACAAACAGCAGCCGCCUAUCGAUGAGACGAAUCUAACUUCGGAUGAUCUUCGGCUGCAGAUGUUGAGCGUGGUCUUUGGCUGGGACGGAGACAUCCAAGAUCUGAUCAUAGAUGAGUUGAGCCGCCACGCUGUGGGUAGUCAAAGCGCUAUCCUCUUAACGCAAUGGCUUGGUGAGAACGACACGGAUGAAAUGGCCUCGAUGAUUAGCUCUGGGCAGGUAACAACCUCCGACUGGAUGAUCCUUGCCUUGAGUCAGAUGAGCGGCCAAGCUCAAGCAAACAAGGUUGGACAGGCAUUUGUACAGAAGCUACUUGAGAUUGGGGACAUACACACCUCGGCCGCUAUAUUGCUUGGUCUCGGGGACAGCAACGAUGCCAUAGAAGUUUAUGUUUCUCGCAAUCACUUCAUGGAGGCUAUCCUUAUGACAUGUCUCCUGUUCCCAUCGGACUGGCAGCGCCAGUCAUAUCUCGUUCGUCGAUGGGGAGAACAUGUCGUUACUCACUCCCAGCAACAACUCGCCAUUCGCUGCUUCAUGUGCACGGGAGCGGAACCAUCAGAACCAUGGGCAUCUCCAUCUGCCCAACAGACUUCAUCUUUUGCAGAGAUGAUUCGCGCCAAGUCCCCUGUCACCUCACCCGAACCUUCGCAAGCCAAUAUGAUGCCACCCGUCCGGCCAAGAUCCACAUCUAACUCGAAACCUGCAGUGAAAACGCCGGCUCUCAAGCUCAUUACUUCCUUUGAGACACAGCCAGGGCGAUUCCGCUUCCCUGGCUUGAAGUCUGACGAUCGUACGCCAACAAAUGCACCUGGAAUCACACCGAUUGCUGAAUCCGCGGUCCCCGAUUCGGCAAUGUCCCCUGGUGGAUUUGGCUCUUAUAAACUGAACAAUAUCCAAAGCCUAAAUCACGCAAUGACUUCUCGAACAAAUACCCCUUCUUUCAAUCGGCGUCGUCUACCCUCGAUAGGAGAGACACCAGUGGAUGUGCACCCUCCAAGCUUCUCACGGUCAAAUUCUUACAGCCAAAAUGAGUAUAGCUCUACCUCCGAAAAUGAAACGAGUGGACACGACCAGAGCCAAGAUGAGAAGGAGAGCAACAGCGGUCUUCUCACUUUGUCAGCCGCGAAAUACAACCCCAGUCUAGACUCUGUCAAACCCAGUCCCCAGACUGCUAUACAAGGAGGGACAGACAAGUUUGCCGCAAUCAAAGGGCUUCCAUCACCAGCAGCUGGUGUAUUCGAGGCUCUCACAAACGAUGAUCACCGUAACGGGUCCCGAGACCGAAAACCAGACGGCCUUCAAAUCGAGACAUUGGAAGGUGAAAGAAAUCCGCAGGACCGCUCCGAUUUGAUUCCCAGCGCCAAAAGCACCGCUUCGACAGCUAAUAGCUAUGCUUCGGCUAGGAGCCCAAGUGUCAGUGGUCGCAGUAUCGAUCAAUACAUCAGUAGCCUUGAUGAAGCGAACUACCAUGCGAGAAAGUUCCGUCCACAUACCCCGGGCCGUGGAAGACGGAACCCAGACGACACUGCCAGCCAGAGCUCAAGAGUCAAUCGCUCGCGUGAUGCCUCCCGAGAUACCCGCGGUAUGAGUGAGCGUCGAUACAUUCAACCUGCCAAGCGCUCUCCUUCCUCACCGGUGCCUAUGUCUCCUGAAGAGUUGGCUCGAUACCAUAUCGAAGAGUCUGAAAAGCCAGCUGAAACACGGAAGCCCAAGUCUCGCACCAGAAGUUCUAGCAAGGUGAGAGGACCAGAUUCUCGGAACCGUCAGCGCUCUUCAAGUCGACACGCUGCAAGCCGCCUCGGGACAGACAGACGAGACGCCUCAAUUCGAGGCCGCAGCAAUGACCGACAAGGAUCCAGCGUUCGAUCGCCAUCGUCACCUCUUCCUAUGGCAUAUCCCACUGAGGAAUCGUCUCAGGAUGUCGACAAUCCUUUGAGACUUGUCGAGAGUAACCAAAAGAGACUGCGGUCUCGCCACCGAAGUGCCAGUCUGUGA